GAUUUGCUUUAAAUUUGUUACAUAAAUGAUGAUAUUGUAUUUGGAAUUAUAAGAAAUAAUGAUCAUUGCAUUAUUAUUCGCGUGUCAAUAUGCCACUUAAAUUAGAAUUAAUUGCCGCAGCAUGUGAAAAUAUGGGCAUUGGAAUAAAUGGCGAUUUACCCUGGCGUUUAAAGACUGAAAUGGCAUACUUUACACAUAUGACAACUGAUACAGAGGAUAAAAAUAAAAAGAAUGUUGUACUUAUGGGUCGGCAUACAUGGGAAUGUAUCCCUGAAAAGUAUCGACCUUUAGAGAACCGCAUAAAUAUGGUGUUAACAUCACAAUCACUGGAUUAUGGAGAUAAGGCAAUAACAUGUAAAAGUAUACCACAUGCUAUCGAAUUGAUUACAGAAAUGCAGAAUCAAAUAGAAAGAGUGUGGGUAAUAGGAGGAAGUAAAGUGUACAAGAACGCCAUGGAAUCUCCAUAUUUUGGGCGAUUGUAUUUGACACGUAUAAAGAAAGAAUUUGAAUGCGAUACAUUCUUCCCUCCUAUUCCAAAUAAUUUUGUACUGAUAAAAGAUCCAGCUGUGCCACAAGAUAUCCAAGAAGAAAAAGGAAUCCAAUUUGUAUAUGAAGUAUAUGAAAAAGAUAAUUAGCAGAAACUUCAACAUUUUAGUUAUUGAAGCUAUUCAUAA